UCAUUUUUGUUUGGAAUAUAUAUGUUGAAUAAAAAAUUCAUUGUCCCGAUAAAUACAUUAAUUGUUUAUUGUGCAAAUUUUGACUGCUUAUUUUUUGUUUAUAAAGCCUAAACGACACAAUUUAAGAGAUUAUUUUAGCGUCUAAAACUCCACUUUUAAGGGCCUAUAUGUCCGCUGUCUAGUAAUGUUGCAUUAGUAAUUGGUAAAGCUUGAAAAAACAAAAAACUGUAUAAGCAAGAUCAUAUCUUAUAUCUUCAUUCUGCUAUUUAGUUGUAAAUAAGUAAACUUGGCCAUGAAUCAGUUAUCAGUUGGACAUUCUUCAUGCAACUGAAGAAGUUUAUGUUGAGGAUCAUUGAAUAUACAGAAAACAUCUUCAGCAUUUGUUUUAAUUUUUGUAAUAAAAACUUUUUGAGUUAAUGUUUUUUUUUACCAUAAACUACAUUUCAAUAGACCAUUUAUUUUAAGGAAAUUUUAUAUUAAUUAAUAUAGAUCUUUCUCAAACACCUUGUAUAUUCUAGCACCUAUGGGACCAGAAUGGAACAAGAACAUAAAAAAUGCUGGAUCACCAGACAUUCUAUAUUUUUGUAAAAUUUAUAGGAAGAAGGUACCAAAUGAUUCUUCUGCAAUACAGAUAUCUUUUAAGAAUAAUGUUCUUGCUAAAAAAUAUAGACAUGAAGUAGAAAAAUUUUUGAGGGAUCUUUUAUCAAAAGAGGAUGAUGCACUUAUCCAGUUUGAUGAAAAAGAAAGAAACCAAGUUCAGUUGUAUCAGAACUUCUGCUUAGAUGUCUGCCCUGUAGAAGACAAUGUGACGAAAUCACCGUCAUCUUGGGAUAUCCCUGUUUAUGAUAAAAAUUAUGUUGAAGAUGUAAGUUCAGAAAAUGUUUCAUUUGAAGAAACAGAGACAAAAAGAACAAAUUUGGUCACUUGUUUUAAUUGUCUUGGAAAUCAUACUGUAAAUAAAUGUACAGAAAAACUAGAUCGUAAAAAAAUAUAUCUUAAUAGGAAAAUGUUUUCUCAAAAUCGAACAAAUGCUGGUCGUUAUCAUGAAGAUUCAGAUCAAAAUCCAAAAUUUAAACCAGGAGUUAUUAGUGAAAAUCUUCGUAAAGCUCUAGAUUUGGAAUCUUACCAGUUACCAUUGUAUAUAUAUCAUAUGAGAAUUUUAGGAUAUCCUCCAGGAUGGUUGAAAAUGGCAGAAGUAGAAAGUUCAGGCAUUACGAUGUAUGAUUCUGAAGGAAAGCCUGAAGGUGAAAUCAAAGAGGAUGGAGAAAUAGAAUGUAAUUAUCCAAGAAUCCAAUAUGAUCCAAAAAAACUGAUUAGUUAUCCAGGAUUUAAUGUUCCAGCACCUCAGAAUUUUAUAGAUGAAUAUAAAACAUUAAAAAUGCCAUCCAUGCAAUUUAGUCAUUUACGUUCUGAGGCAGAGAAAAAAAUGAAAGCACCUGAAGCUGUUCCAUACAGAAAAAGAAAACUUGAUGUGAAGCCUGAUAAAAAACGCAAAGUUGAGAGGCUAGAUCAAGAUUGCCAAGAUAUGGAUGUAGAUGAUAUUGGAACAGAACUGGUAGAACUGGAUGAGAAAGAAACCCAAAUGUGCAAGUUUAUUCCUCCAUUACCACCCGACAGCUCCUCGGAUUUACCUCCACCUCCGCCACCGGAAGAAAAUUUUUCAAUCAUUUCAAAUCAGGAGAAAAUAUCAUCUGGUAGAAUGACAUAUCUGAGUCUUUCAGAUUUAGAAGAAGUUAAACAGCAAAUAAUGUUGGAAUUAGAAAAGACAUCAGAAACCAGUGACAGUAAUAAAGACUGUUCUUUAUCUCAGGAUUCGAAACAUUCAUUGCAGUUGGAAGAACUCGACACGGUUAGUGACAACAGCCAAAAUUCUGUGGAAAGAACUAUCAAAUAUAGUAAUUCGCUGUCCAUCAUUGAAGGAACUCCUGUGGUAACUUCUCACAACCCAUUCAACAAUUUACCAAAUCCUUCAAAAUUCUCUCUUGGAGUUUCGGACCACUUGCCUUUCGAAAAUUUGCCAAAUUCUACCGGAACUUAUGAAAAAAUGAAAGAUGUACUCAACAAAGUGAGGAAAAAAGUUCAGGAUUUAAACAACUAAAAUGAGAUUCAGAGUAUGCUUCUUGUUUUUAUUAAGUUUCUUUAAAAAGUCUAAAUACGUGGAUUUUUUUUUAAGACAAAGCACAAACGAUCAUCUUAAAACUUACAGGUGAAAUAACUUAUGUUUUUUUAAGUUAAAUUAUAAAAAGAAAACAUGUAUUUUAAUGCAUUUGUUAAAAUCUGAUAUGAUAUAUAUAUAUAUAUAUUUCUGCCUAUGACAUAUAGAGUAUAUGUAUGUUUAU